AUGGCGCAAGCAUACCGACUCAUAUACUCUGAUUUAUUAGUAUUAGCCCCAUCUAAUAUAACAUUACCACCCUUACCAUCAACAACCUCUCAAGAUGCAUGUAUGAAAAUUAAAACAUUCUUUCGAUAUGCACGACGACAAAUAACAUUGAAAAACAGAAGAGAGUCCUUAUAUUAUCUUUACCAUAUUGGAGAGAUAAUUGAUAACGAAUGUAUGACACAAAGAGAUUCUAAAUUAUCAAAAUAUUAUUACACUGUAUCGAAACGGUUAUUUCUUAUAUUUGAAAAUAAUAUCGAACAAAUAAUGAGAACUCAAAAUACUAGUACAGCUCUUAUCGGAGGACUGAAACUUACUGACUUAAAUGAACUAAUUCACUGGAGUUCAUUUCUUAAAGGGGGGGAUAUU